GCGCGCCGGGUCCCCGCGGGGAUGCUGCCGCUCGCCCGCUGCCCGGGGCGGGCCCGGGGCGUGUCUCGGGAGAGGCGGGGCGGUGGGUCCCUUCGAUAAGCUGAGCUCUAGUCCUGGCGGCUGCUUCUUUCCUUUGGAGAGCAAACUCUCCGUAGCCUGCUGGUCUUGCGGGACUUGGUUUCUUCAAGGCCUAGUCAGCCCUGCACCAACUUUCCUGGACUUGGGUAACCCGGGACAAAGAACCUACAGAGCAGGGCGGGCGUCAGGCUUGCCAAAAGUCAAAGCCACGGGAGGAAGAGUGUCGCCACUGAGGAAAGGAGUUGGUACAGUUUGUGGUUUUGUGAGACCACAUAUAACCCGAGUUUGGUCUUGAGCGUGGGGUCCUUCUGCCCACGCCCCCCAGGUCCUGGGAUCAGGUGCGUGGUGACCUGCAUGCCCAACUCAGUUGGUGUGGUUAGCGACAAGAGCAGAAAAACGCAAGCAACAGCAGCGCAGACCAACGGAGACAAGGGCUCGCCAUAACCCUGACUGUCAGAAACUUACCGUGUGGACCAGGCUGACCCUGGCAUCUGCCUUUCUCUUCCUCCCAAGUACCGGGAUUGCAGGCGUCUUCAUGACUUCUCUCUCGGACCAUGUCCAUGAUCCUUUUCGCCAGCAUAGUACGGGUGAGAGACGGACUGCCCCUGUCAGCCUCCACUGACUUCUACCACGCCCAGGAGUUUCUGGAAUGCAGGAGGCAGCUCAAGACCUUGGCCCCGAGGCUGGCUCAGCAUCCAGGCCGAGGCUCCGCAGCCGGCCGUGACUUCCAUGUGUAUUCCCUAUCGUCGGGGGACGUGGCCUGCAUGGCCAUCUGCUCGCAUCAGUGCCCAGCAGCCAUGGCCUUCUGCUUCCUGGAGACCCUGUGGUGGGACUUCAUAGCGUCGUAUGACAGCGCCUGCCUCGGCCUCGCCUCCCGGCCCUAUGCUUUUCUCGAGUUCGACAGUGUCAUUCAGAAAACAAAGUGGCAUUUUAACCACAUGAGCGCCUCCCAGGUGAAGACCAGCUUCGACAAGAUUCAGCAGGAGCUGGAGUUACAACCUCCGGCAGUUCUGUCCUUGGAGGGGACAGAUGUGGCCAAUGGUGUGCUCAACGGCCACACCCCAGUGCACUCUGAGCCUGCUCCGAAUCUUCGGAUGGAGCCGGUGACAGCUCUGGGUGUCCUCUCCCUUGUUCUCAACAUCAUGUGUGCUGCCCUGAACCUCAUCCGUGGGGUCCACCUCGCAGAGCAUUCCUUACAGGUUGCCCAGGAGGAGGUUGGAAACAUUCUGGCUUUCUUUAUUCCUUCUGUGGCCUGCAUGGUCCAGUGUCACCUGUACCUGUUCUACAGUCCGGCCAGGACGCUGAAGGUGGCGCUGCUGCUGGGCGUCAUCUGCCUGGGCAACGCAUACCUGCACGGGCUGCGGAACGCCUGGCAGAUCCUCUUCCACGUGGGCGUGGCUUUCCUGUCCUCCUACCAGAUCCUGAGCAGACAGCUGCAGGCCAGGCAGUCUGACUGUGGAGUGUGAGGGGGGGCGCAGCCUCUGACUCUUGUCCUGGAAGUCCCGUCUACUUCCGCUCCUGCUUCUCAGCUUCUCCCCAGUCUCCAUCCUGACCCUCCUGAGGACAGGGCCCCAGGCCGGUGCUCUGAGGCCCCAGGGCUGCUGCUGGAGUCUCGGCGCGGAGCGUUUGCGCAGCACCGCCAGCCGAGCGCGGGCCAGGCAGCUGGAGCUUGCUCAGAGCGUCCCGGAUGGCCACAGUGGCGAUGUUUCAGUGUCCUAAAUCAAAUGAUAACUGCAAACUAGCUUCCAUAAUGGUAGUUUUAGUGGUUGGCAGUGUCUGCCAGGAAGCUCGGUAAAGCUUCAGGGUCAGCAGCUUCAGCCAGCGUCCCUGAGAGUGUCAGGACAGGGUAAAUGAAAAGCUUGCAAAUACAAGCUAGGUAAAUUCUGUUUACAUUUUUGAUAACUUGGGUUCGAUAAACUUUUGGAAUAUUUAAAUAUAUUUUGGAUAUAAUUGAACACUUAAAUGAAGGCAAACAGGCUGAGGAAAUGCUGUGAAGUCCACGUUUAUGUAAUUCACAGAGACUUUUACCGUGGCGGGGCUCCAUGGAGACAGAUGUGGCUUCAUAUUUAUUUGCAGGAUCUACCUGAAAAUCUUAACCUGAGGAAGUAAUGUGUUGGGUCUGAGGCACAGAGGUGUGAGCAGAUGAGGUCUUCAGGAUCCUUUCAGUGGGGCAGCGUGCAGUGGGCAGUGCCAGGCUUCAGCGGUGCUUGGGAGGCGUCUCCGGAGCCGUGGCCCUGUGUGCCUCCUCAAGAGGCCUCCCAACUUAAUUACUCCUCUGCGCCUCCUCCGAGCAUCCUAAUUGGACCAUGGCCUCGUUUUCUGGGCAGGAGUGGAGAGGUGUCUGCCCUGCGGCUGGUGUAGCCGACGCGCACUCUAAAGUGUGAAGGCCCCUGCCUCUGUGGCUGCCUGGUGGCACAGAAGCCGUGCUGGGGUUCACGCUUGUGGCGUGUUCCUGGGAUACCGCGCCAAGCACAGCAUGGGGUGCCUGUGCGGCUCCAGAAGAGGUGAACCCCCCCCCCACACACACACAUACACACACCAGUUAGUGAGUAGUUGCCAUCUUAGGCGUGAGCUAGCUUACGUGACUCAGAAAGGGACUGGAGAGUCUGUCCAUUGUGAUUCCUCGUAAGAGAAUUUUCUAUUGUUAAUCAACUCUGCAGUGUCUGGGUGUGGAUGUCAUGUUGGCAACAUCCUUGGACGUGGACUUCAGCCUUGUGUCUUCAUGGAUCUCACACCUGUGUCGCACACCUGUGUAAUUCUCUGUAUACUGUGCAGGCAGAUUUUCACUCCUCCUGAGAGAGAAUUUUGCAGUGGCUAAAGAGGAAGCCAGAGGGGGAAGAAAAAUCUUUUAAUUCAAAGCACAUAUUAAAAAAAUUUUAAAGUAAUUUUAAAAA